GUUGGAGUAGAAGAACAUCAUGCUGUUGACAUUGACCUAUAUCACUGUCCCAACUGUGCAGUUCUACAUGGUUCCUCCUUGAUGAAAAAGAGGAGGAACUGGCACAGGCACGACUACACAGAAAUUGAUGAUGGUUCCAAACCAGUGCAGGCUGGAACUAGAACUUUUGUGAAGGAAUUACGUUCUCGAGUCUUCCCAAGUGCCGAUGAAAUCAUUGUAAAGAUGCAUGGCAGCCAGCUGACACAAAGAUACCUGGAGAAACAUGGAUUUGAAGUCCCUAUUAUGGUCCCCAAAUUAGAUGAUCUAGGACUCAGGCUCCCUCCACCUACUUUUUCUGUUAUGGACGUGGAACGUUAUGUAGGUGGUGACAAAGUGAUAGAUGUCAUUGAUGUGGCAAGGCAGGCAGACAGCAAAAUGACACUUCACAAUUAUGUUAAAUACUUCAUGAAUCCUAACAGACCAAAAGUGUUAAAUGUGAUCAGCCUUGAAUUUUCAGAUACAAAGAUGUCUGAAUUGGUGGAGGUUCCUGAUAUAGCCAGAAAACUUUCCUGGGUGGAAAACUAUUGGCCUGAUGAUUCAGUCUUUCCCAAGCCAUUUGUUCAGAAAUACUGCUUAAUGGGAGUUCAAGACAGCUACACAGAUUUCCACAUUGACUUUGGUGGGACUUCAGUUUGGUACCAUGUCCUCUGGGGCGAGAAGGUUUUUUAUUUGAUAAAGCCAACAGAUGACAAUUUGGCACUCUAUGAAUCUUGGAGUUCAUCUGUGACCCAGAGUGAAGUAUUCUUUGGAGAUAAGGUGGAUAAAUGCUACAAAUGUGUGGUAAAGCAGGGACAUACCUUAUUUGUUCCUACAGGGUGGAUUCAUGCUGUGCUCACUUCUCAGGACUGUAUGGCUUUUGGGGGGAACUUUCUGCACAACCUUAACAUUGGCAUGCAGCUCAGGUGUUAUGAGAUGGAAAAAAGGCUAAAAACACCAGAUCUUUUCAAAUUCCCUUUCUUUGAAGCCAUAUGUUGGUUUGUAGCCAAAAACUUGCUGGAGACCCUAAAAGAACUGAGAGAAGAUGGUUUCCAGCCUCAGACUUACCUAGUACAGGGAGUGAAAGCGCUGCAUACUGCUUUAAAAUUAUGGAUGAAAAAAGAACUUGUAUCUGAACAUGCCUUUGAAAUUCCAGACAAUGUUAGACCUGGACAUCUUAUUAAAGAACUUUCUAAAGUAAUUCGAGCAAUAGAGGAGGAAAACGGCAAACCAGUUAAAUCUCAGGGAAUUCCUACUGUAUGUCCAGUUUCACGAUCCUCAAAUGAAGCAGCUUCCCCAUACCAUUCCCGACGAAGGAUGCGGAAACUUCGAGAUCAUAAUGUCCGAACUCCUUCUAACCUAGACAUCCUGGAGCUCCACACGAGGGAGGUGCUCAGAAGACUGGAGAUGUGUCCCUGGGAAGAGGACAUUUUGAGCUCUAAACUGAACGGAAAAUUCAACAAACAUCUCCAGCCAUCUUCCACGGUACCUGAAUGGAGAGCGAAAGAUAACGAUCUCCGAUUACUGCUGACAAAUGGGAGGAUAAUUAAGGAUGAGAGACAACCCUUUACAGAUCAGAGUCUUUAUACAGCAGACAGUGAAAAUGAAGAGGAUAAGAGAAGGACAAAAAAGGCAAAAGUGAAGACGGAAGAGAGCUCAGGAAUAGAGGGGGUGGAGAAUGAAGUGUCUCAGAAACCACUUAACAGGUUUUUAACAAGUGUGAAAUCAGAACUCAGGAAUCGAUCAUCAGAAUAUUCUGAUAUUUCUGAUUCAGAAGACUCUGGACCUGAUUGCACCGCACUGAAAAAUAAUUUUACCACUGAAGAGUCUGAAAGUUCAGGUGAUGAAAAGAAACAAGAAAUUACAUCAAACUUUAAGGAAGAAUCUAAUUUGAUGAGGAGCUUCCUUCAAAAGAGCCAGAAGCCGUCUAGGAGCGAAAUUCCAGUUAAAAGGGAGUGUCCUACCUCGACGAGCACAGAGGAAGAAGCUAUUCAGGGCAUGCUGUCUAUGGCAGGGUUGCACUAUUCCACGUGUUUACAAAGGCAGAUACAAAGCACAGACUGCGGCGGUGAAAGACACUCUCUCCAGGAUCCCAGCAGCUGCCGCAGCAGUAACCAUGAGGUUAGGCAGCUGUAUCGCUGUGAUAAGCCAGUGGAAAGUGGGUAUCACGUCAAGACUGAAGAUCAAGACUUGAGGAGUUCUUCCUGGAUUAAACAAUUUGAUACAACUUCCAGAUUUAAUCGUCAGGAUCUCAGUAGAGGCCAGAAAUGCAUCAGAAAGGAAGUUUCAUCAGAAGUCAGUCAGAAGGUACAAAGUAGGAAUUCUGUGGACAGCAGUGGCUCAAGCCCUCAGAAUGGAAAGUACAUGCAGAGUUCAAGCUUGAUGUCAGGGGCAUGCCACAUAAGUAAUGGCAGUAUAAGCCCAGAAAGGCCUGUUGGUGAGACUUCCUUUUCAGUGCCCCUUCACCCCACCAAGAGACCUGCAUCAAAUCCACCACCUAUCAGCAACCAGGCAACAAAAGGCAAACGUCCGAAAAAAGGAAUGGCAACAGCCAAACAGCGUCUUGGGAAGAUCCUUAAAUUGAACAGAAAUGGCCACGCACGUUUCUUUGUGUGACGGAGCUGCGGUUGUGGUCACUCUUCCUUUCGGAGACCGGUCUCGGGGUACGGGAGCCUGGAGCUUCCGCGCGCCUCCGCUGUAGCAGUUUGCAUGUACCGUAGGGAACACUGCCUGAAGAACGAAAUGAACCUGAUGCUGCAUUUUCACUGUGCCACACCCACUCAGCAAUAACCAUUUUGGACCUGGUGGGGAGAGGAAGAAGGAGGGUAGAACCUUAAAAAGAGACCUUGAACUGGAAAGGGUCUCUUGUCAGGGCUUGAAUUUCAUUUUGUUGUUGGUAGUGUUUUGAUUUAUUUUCAGUGGUAGGGUAAAGAAUUAUCGAUAAUUUAUUUAACAGAUUUUUUUUUUUUUUUAAAGUUAACAGCUUUUAAAUUUUUUCUUUUUUAAAGCUAUUUAUUUGGAAGAUUUCUGGAGAAAUAUCUCACUAAUUUAGAUUUAAGAAUGUGAAGGUUUUUAAAUUAUUUUUGAUAGUGUGUGUGUUACAUGUGGGGAAAAGCCACGGUAACAGUAACUAGUCUGGACUCUUAAAUUUGCUAUUCAGGUUAAAGUCUUAAACAGGGAUUUGAUGCAUUAAUUAUUUUAAAUUAAGAUGUAUAUGAAAAUCAUUUUAUUUUAUAUAAUUCAUGUGUUUUUUAUAAGCUAUUAGCUUCGCUUUUGCUAACAUCCAAGGUGCAUACUGUUAUCCAGGUCUAUUACCUAUAUCCCACCUUCCCUCUGCACUCCCCAUCAUUUCAUAACGACACAAGACUCUUCUCUUUGCAGGGAAAUACUUUCAUAGCCAAUGUGUAAGAACUACAUAGAAGACCCCACAUGUCUCAUUUCAUUUGACAUUGCAAUUUUCUUCUAAAUAGAAAAAUAGGCUUCUUGCAUUUUC